GCCACCGGGAGCCCGCGGAGCCAGAACCCCGCGCGGAGGGAGCCCUGCCAAAGGGAGCGGGUGCCAAACCUGAAUUACCAGCCCGGAGAGUGGCUGUGGAUCCCGCGAGCUCCUGUGAUUUGCGGCAGGUUUUUCAGGUCCCCGCCUGUCAAACACACACGCAGAUACUUAAGCAGUCACCCGAGGACCUGCGGGGUUCUUGUUUUACGCACUUCUGGUCCCCGCCAGCUCCAGUGCCUGGCCCCAUAGCCCUGCCUCAGGAGGAGAUGGCCAUGGAAAAGCCAGUGAUUCCCACUGAGGAGCAGCUGGAGAUCCUGGAAUACCACUUCUGCAAGGUGAAUAAGCAUCCUGACCCCACCACACUGUGCCUCAUCGCUGCUGAGACCGGGCUCUCCGAGGAGCAGACUCUGAAAUGGUUCAAGCAGCGCCUGGCGGAGUGGAGGAAGUCUGAAGGGCUGCCCUCAGAAAGUGGGUCUGUCAGGGACUAGAGGAUGCUGCUCCAAUCCCCUUGCCUCUUACAAAGGAUGGUGAAGCUCUUCAGAGUGGGUUUCCUUGGGGUUCUUCUGUUGCAAUAGGUUUUGCGAUACAAAGUAAUACUCUGCUAUUUAACAUAAAUCUUAUUUAACAUGUACAUAACUAGAAAAAACCCAACUAUAUAUAUAUAGAGCUAUAUAUGUAUACACGUGUGUGUAUACAACUUUUGAUGGCUGAUAACCUAUCUCGUGAUUCCAACCCAUUAACAACAGCUGCACAAGAAAAGGCAAUUUCAUACCCUUGUCCCAGGCUUGAAGUAAUUUUGCCAUGAUAUAUGUUCAAAUAUAGAAGGAAGAAAUAAAGAUUCUUUUUCUUUACAAUCCCCA